AUGAAGUUCUCGAAGCGGCUGCAGGAGCUCCGCGAGCGCCGCCGUGCAGCUUUUUAUGUUUCUUAUAAAGAACUGAAAAAGGCAGUAAAGCUUUUCACUGGGGCCGACGUGUCUGCGGUGUCGAUACAGGACGCAGUCAGCAGCUUCGCAAACACCAAGGCGCUCGAGGGAGAGCACUACAGGCCGCCGGAGAGCCGGUUCGAGGAUUUGCUGCAGCAUGAGUUGGCGAAGGUCAACAGCUUUUCUGUCACUACGCUUCUUGAAGCAUCUGCUGCUCUGCAGCAGCUGCUGCUGCAGCUCUACGCACUGCAGCACAAGCAGCAGGAGCUGCUGUUGAACCCUCCCUCUCCACAGAAUCCGCAGCAGCAGCAAGAGCCGCAGAAUGAAGACGCAGAGCAGAAGCAGCAGCCGUGGCAGCAGCAGAGGAAGCCCAAGCAGCAGAAGCAGCAGCAGCAGCUGCCGCUGCAGCGGCAGCAGCAACAGCAAGAUGGAGGAGCUGCUGCUGAGACCUGCCCCAGCGGCGAGGCUCCGGCCACAGGCAGCCCCGGCAAGGAGAGCCCAGAAGGGGCCUCAGGUUCUGCUGCUUCUGCUGCUGCUGCAGCAGCGGCGGAGGCAGCUGCAGCAGCAGCAACAGCCGAGGGAGCAGCAGCAGUGGAAGCAGCAUUUGAACGGGAACUGCUAGCAGUAGAAGGAGCUCUUGACGCUGAGGGUCAAGAAGUUAUUUUUCUUUCUUCGUAUAUUCGUCUUAACUUUACAGCUUUUAGAAAAAUUGCAAAAAAGUUUGAUAAACUCAACAAGUCCUCAUCAGCAGCCUAUCAUAUGUGCAGGGUUAUGCGGCAGCCGUUCAUGAGGCUGAACCUGCCGCUGCUGCUGCAGCAGCUAGCCGCAGCAUAUGCCCAACUGAGGGCCCUGAAGGCUAUGAAAAACUUCCCGGAGGCAGCAAUAGCAGCAGCAAAGGCAGCAGAAGCAGCAGGAAACAAAUUGCCGAGUGGCGUUGCGCCCACAGCAGCAGCGCCAGGAGCAAUAGCAGCAGCAGCUUCGGCGGCAGCAGCAGCGUCUGCUGCUGCAUCCAAGUCUGCGGGCGAGGCUGCUGCAGAGGGAUUUUCUUCGGGGACCACAAAGUACCUAAUUUUACCGGAUGAGGUUGUCAGGCUGCAAGUCACACUGGCGAAGCAUUUGGUGUUGACUUCAGUGAAGGGCUGCAGCGUGGACACCACGACUCCUCUGCCGGCGGCAGCAGCAACGGCAGUUGCUGCAGCAGCAGCUGCGAAGAGCGCGGCACUGGCACCAGAAGUACCGGCAAGGGCCACAAGCACCAGCAGCAGCGGCAGCAGCAGCAGCAGCAGCAGCAAUAGCAGCACCAAGGCGAGCAGCAAGAGCACAAGAGUCGCGGAGGCGCUUGCUUCUGGGGAUUCGCGCCGCCUGACGUCUCUCGUUUACUUUGACACUCCAAAUCUGGACUUAUAUGUUGAGCUGCAAACAAAGGGACACGCUGACAGCAGCAGUGAGGGCCGCAGGUGCAGCGUGACGGAGUUGCUGCGGGUGAGAGAAGCCAAUGCUGGGGAGCUGGCGUCGCUGCCGAACAACCCACUGCGUUUCCUAGAGUUCAUAGAUCCCGUGGAGCCAUCUUCGGACCCGGAGCAGCAGAUCUUCCCUGUCUACGACGCUCCAGAGGUGCUGGAGGCGCUUCCGCGGAGCGUCUUGGUGCAGCAGCAGUCGCUGCAGCACUUGUUUGGCAAGGACACUGAGCGGGCAGUGCAGGAGGUGGAGCAGCAGCUGCUGGCAGCAGGGAUGUCAGGGGAGCAAACUGCGGCGCGCUCCGCUCUUCUGCGGAAAGCAGCGAAUAUGCUGACUGAGGAAAACCUUUAUCCGUGCCUCAGGGUUUGGCUGACGCGGACCUGCUUCAGAUCCGAAGAUGGGUCGAUAUAUGUGACGCUGGACGAAGACAUCCGUUUCUCAAAGAACCCUGCAGAUGGGGACGCAAAAGCUUUCCUCUUCAAUGGAGCGGCCGCGUUGGCGUCUGAAGGAGCUGCGCCGUUUCCUUGGGGUGUAAUGGACGUUUCGAGCCGCCGCCCGCUUGGAACAUCACCAGCUCAGCAGCCGCUGGAGCGCUGCACUGUAUCUCCAGCCUUUACUUGUCUCAGGGAAGUCGUGGGAAUGGCGAGCGUGACAGAGGUGUUUGGGUUUUCGUUAUUUGCACACGGGAUCGCCAGUGGAUUCCAGCAGGAGCUGCAGCGCCGGUCCGGAAUAAACAGCACCAACAACCAGGCCUUAGUGCCUCACUGGCUCGCGUACACCACAGUGGCAGAAGAAGACGCACAGGAGUUCCAGCAGGCCACCAACAUGGCAGCCGCGGCGCCCCCCUCGCCUUCUGAGGAGGUUCAGCGGCACCCGCCGCGCACAACUCCGCCGCAGCAGCAAGGGCAAGAGCAGCAGCAGAAGCGCGAGUCUCCCCCUGCCGCGGCGAACUGCCCGACAUCGAGGGUUUCUAAGCUGGACGUUAUCUACAGGGGCCCUGGAGCCUCUAUCGCCCACGACCAGGAGGCAUCAGUGCAGGAACUACGACAGUCUCUGGAAACCACCUCCACAGGGCCUCCCGUGUAUGGGGGUGGCAAUAUGGGUGUUAGGGGCCUCCGUGAGCCUCUGCUGGGUGGCGGCGGCAGCAGCAGCAGCAGCAGCAGCAGUAGCGGCAACAGGCGGCAGCAGCAACGCCGGAGCUCGCCCUGGCUUUCGUGCUGCACUGGCAGUGGCAGCUGCCUCCCGGCUCUGCGGCGCUGCUGCGCCCGAAUGUCGCGGUGUCUGCCAGCUCGCCUGCUCGGGGGAAGAGCCUUCCGAGGUUCUUCAGGUGCUGCUGGAAGCAGGGCUGCAACAACAGCAGGGGCCACUGUUCGCGUGGAGCCGAAGACGUUCUUUGCCAAUGAAAGGACUCUUUUGCAGUGGCUGAACAUCGCAGUGCUGCUGGCUUCGGUGGCAAUAACUCUGCUUUCCUUUGGACAGACAGCAGCAAAGGCAGCAGGGCUCCUUCUUGCCCCCGUCGCAAUAUUCUUCAUCGGCUACUCAUUUUGGAUAUACUUGCGAAGGUCUCGUGCUUUGGAGAGAAAGGAACCCAUCGACUACAACGAUCAUUUUGGGCCGGCCGUCCUCGUGGUAUCCCUGACGUUGGCUCUUUGCGCAAAUAUCUUCUUGAACGUGGUCUACACAGAGCCCUCACAGCCGCUCCAGACAAAGGCAGGCGCCCCCUCAGCAUCUCUUUCCGCUGCUGAGCUGCUACCUGUGGCGGAGCCAGCUGCGGACGGUGCUGUUGCAGUCUCUAGUCCGACGCGACUGCUGGCGGCUGCAGCAACAAAACUGCCAGCACUUGCAGCCCUACAGGUUUUCAAAGCAAAGCCCUCAGCAACAGCCACCAACAGCAGACUAGAGGCACUAAGAGCGGCAAUUGCUGCGGCCGCACCACCAGAAGAUAAUGUGGGAGCGGCGGAGAAGGCAGCAGCAAUUAGAGCUGCUGCUGCUCGAGCACUAGCAGCAAGAGCAAUAGCAGAGGUGAGGGCAGCAGAGGCUGCAUCUGCUGCAGCUGCUGCUCGGGAGGCAGCCGCAGCAGCAGAGGAGGCAGAAGCGGAAGCAGCAGAGGCAGAGAUGGCAGCAGCCCAACUCUUACACGCGCAGUAA